AUGUCGUGGACCGGCUUCAAGAAAGGCGUCAACCGCGCGACGACGCAGGUCCUCAUGAAGACAGGACAGGUCGAGCGCACAAAUGACCGCGACUUUGAGACUGAGCAGCGCCGCUACCGUACCAUGGAAACCGCCGCCAACAAGCUCCAAAAAGAAGCAAAAGGCUACCUCGACUCGCUGCGCGCCAUGACAGCGUCCCAAAUGCGCAUCGCCGAAACGAUUGACGCCUUCUACGGCGACGCCGGCACAAAGGACGGCGUCUCGCGCUCCUACAAGCAAGCCGUCACAGACCUGGACGCCGAAACAAUAAAAGCCCUGGACGGACCUUACCGGACGACAGUCCUCGACCCAAUACAGCGUUUUUGCAGUUACUUCCCUGAUAUCAACUCGUGCAUCACCAAGCGCGAGCACAAGCAGAUGGACUACGACCGCAUGCGCGCACAAGUCAAGAAACUCACAGACAAGCCCGACAAGGACGUCACCAAGCUUCCCCGAGCCGAGAAGGAUGAGCAGCUCGCCAAAGCCGCUUAUGAUCAACUGAACGAGACGCUCACGACGGAACUGCCCCAACUCAUUGAUCUUAGAGUGCCGUAUCUGGACCCGAGUUUCGAGGCGCUGGUCAAGAUCCAAUUGCGUUUUUGCGCAGAAGCCUACUCGCGCAUGGCGCAGGUGCAGCAAUAUCUCGACGCGAAUACGCGGGACCAGUAUGCGCAGGGCGAGCUGGAUGCGCGGGUGGAGGAAGUGCUACAGGAGAUUCGAGAUCUGAGUAUUGCGGGUACUGUUUAA